AUGCCAUUCCUUGAAGAGAAACAUGUGCAACUUUUGAGAUCUAGCGGCCUUGUUGGAAAAGUGCGGCUUUCCACUGAUAUGUCUCAAGAUGACUAUAAUUAUGGCCGCAGUGUCAUCACAUCCAAGGAUCUACUUGUGGAUAGCACUGAUUCUGGUAGACUAGAAGAAUCACGAGUACAGUUGGAUGAGCUUCUGGUGGAGGAUAAACUCACUGGAGUACCCCUACUAGUGUUUGCAAAUAAACAAGACCUAGGGAUGGCUUUAAAAGCUGAUGAUAUCAGCAACGAUAUGAAGCUAACUGAGCUGACUGACAGACAAUGGCAGAUACAACCAUGCUCGGCCAAAACUGAAGAAGGGAUUGCGGUACACAACAAUCCACUUACCAGUCGCUUAGGCUGGAAGGACAAGCCACCAUGUUGGAGUUUCUCCACAGAGUUGAAUUUCAACCACGAGGUUUAGUCGCAAUCAAUCGCACGUGCAGAAAUAGUGAGCCCCACCCCCCUUCUUCUGUUUUGAGACAUCAGGUUUCAGGCUGGAAACAGAGUU